AUGAAUUAUGGAUCUUAGAAUUUAGACUAUAAUAUUUACAAAUUUACAUUAAUAUGUACAUAGACAUUUAGUUUUUAUAUUUUAACAUAUACAAUUCAUUGGGAUUUGUUUUAUGAGUGAUUUGUAAAAAUGCCAAAAAAUAUAACGAGUGAAGUUCGUGAAAUUAUAUUAAAGGUGAAAGAGUUUAUGGAUGAAGAAAAGCGGAUGCAAGUUCCUAUUAUUCCACUUAGUAAAGUAUACGUUCGAGUUUCUGCCGCAACUGGUGUAUCUGAACGCACAGUACUAAACAUAGUAAAGGAGGCGAGACUUAUAGAACAAGGGAUAUUAGAUCCAGAGACCUUAAAAAAGAAUCCUAAAAAGAGAGUACGCACAAAAGGCAAAAUUGAAGUUGAUGAAUAUGAUCUACAAGUAAUAAGAAGAAAAAUACAUGAAUUCUAUACUUUUAAAAAAGAAGUACCUACCAUUAACAAACUCUUGCAAAUAUUAAAAGAAGAAAUAAAUUUUAAGGGUUCAAGAGAGACACUGAGAAAAAUACUUCGUAAAAAUGGUUUUCAAUUUAGAAAACCUAAAAAUAACAAAGAUAAAGAACCAGUACCAGAAGCAACAUCAUCUGUACCGCCUAUGGUGCCUCCAUACAUACAUACUAUGUUUAGUCACAAAAACAUACAAUAAUUAUCCUUAAAUAUUCUUUAUUGAUCUAUUAAAUUAUGGAACUAUACUAAAAUUUCUAAUAAUCUUGCAGUCAAAUUAAUAUCUAUAUUGCAUUGCAUUUUAUGUUUAAAAAUAUAUAAAUUCUUGACAAAGCUCUGUCUGCAAUACAUCUAUUGACCUUAUAACAUCUAAAGCUGUCAAGUAAUUUGUAAUAGUCAAUAUGUACCAGCAUAUCCAGCAUCAGAGCCAUAUCUAAGAAUAAUCAGCCAUGCUAACAACCAACAGAUAAACAUUAAGUAUAAGAAUUAUUCAUUCAUUCAAUAUUACAAUGAAAAUAUUACAAUUAAAUGCUAGUUUUAUAAAUUCUCAUAAAACUAGCAUUUAAUUUAGAAUUAUCUAAUAUAGUAUAUAAGGCAAGUAGUGUUUAGGAUGUAAUAAUUUUAAUUGAUAACUGUGUAUACAAUACUUGUUUUGCAAAGUAUAUAAUAAGCAGGACUAAAAAUGAUUUGUAAAAUAUAUUGUCGAAUAAAACUGAAGUUUCUUUUUUAUUAUCUUA